GGAAGACUUGUCCUUCUUGCAGGAUACUGCUGACCAUGGAGAAAAGUUGACGACUUUGAGGGGUCAGAGAUGGGUUGGUGCUGGGCGCCACAUUUUCAAGUCAAUUUUGUCCCACAAAGAAUCAGGAAAAAGAUGUGUAUAUGAUCCAGAGGGACCUCUGCUGGCAGGUUUCAAUGAACGCUACUUCACAAGUCGAAGAAACCAAAAGCAUAUUGAUGAAGAUCUCUUACCUUUCCAAUGGUGUUGCAUUGAGUCUCCCCUCUGCCACCAAUAUCUCAGCAAGCGCCCUCUGGACCGUUGCAAUGGCUAUAAUUGGGUUCGUCUAGAUGGUAGCAAGCCAGCCAACAGGGCAACAAAGGGAAUCGCUAUGGUGUAUGGCAGCCUCCACUUCAUCACCUUUGAUGGGACAGAAUACUCCUUCAAGGCCCUAGGAGAGUUUGUGAUUGUGCGGCUGUCUUCCAACACGGGAUCUAAUAUCUUCACUUUACAAGGACAGACUGAGAGGCUACACACAGACACACAAGGGAACAUUGACUUACCAGUGGUGGUGCGCAUGGCUGCCUUCUACCAGGGCAUUGGCAAGGUUGAAUGGAGAUGUGCAGAGAAAGGUAAAGGACUGCGGGUGUUUGUUGACGAAGCUGAAGUAUUCAUCACUAUUGGUUUAGUGCACAUAGGGGAGAGAGACUUUGCUGUACGCUGUAUCUCAGUGGAUCGUUGUGCAGCUGUGUACGCUGGUGGUCUGCAUGUGCUUGUGUGGCGUGUGGAAGGCCACAAACAGUUGGCAGCUAUGGUGGAAGUUCCCCAGACUUUUUACAACCGAACUGUGGGUCUAUUGGGCCUCUGGAGUUCUAACCGCUCAGAUGACUUCCUUAUGUCUGAUGGCAGGCUCAUGUCCUCGCAUAAUUUCAACCCACCAUCGGAAGAAAAGCUGCAUCAAUUUGGGCUGUCUUGGACAGUCCCACAACCAGAGAGCCUGCUGUUUUCUUCCUCUCCACUGGUUCCACUUGAACCAGUCUCUUCCAAAGAGUUGCAUGAAGGCUUUAGUCCUGAUGUGGUGGAGGAGCUAAGAAAAACCUGCCAAGGCAGCAUGCCGUGUGUCCACGACACCCUCGCAUCCGGCAGCUCAGACCUGGGCCUUCAAACCUUGAAUGCUGAAAAACAGUACCAAAAUUUGGCCCUAAUCUAUGGCAACACACCUCCAAUAGUGACAGAACCUACAAUGAUCCAUGCGGAAGUGAACUCUACAGUUAAUAUCCGGAUCAUUGCCCUGGACCCAAAUGAAGAUCCUAUAACCUAUUCACUACUCUUUCCAAGACCUCCGCAGGCCUCCAUUGGCAGUGGUGAUGGUUACUUAUCCUGGAGACCCCUUGGCACUGAUCCUGUCCAGCUUACUAUUAAGGUCACAGACAGGCUCUCCAGCUCAUUGUUUACCCCCAUCCUGCGAAUCUGCAACUGCCUUAAUGGAGGGACCUGUCAGUAUGACAGCGUCACGGAAAACCAUCUUCAGGGAAAGUUCCAGGUGUUGGGAUGCCUUUGCCUUAAAGGAUUCAGUGGGAAGUUUUGUGGAACGGUUGCAGACCCAUGCAUAGGCAAGCCAUGUUACCGAGGGGUGCAGUGCCAAUCUGAGUCACACCCUAAAGAUUUUACCUGUAGACAAUGCCCGGAUAAUACAGUGACAAACGGAAAGCAGGGAUACAAGUGCUUUGAGCAUGACAUGUGCAUGCCUCCUUUCCCUUUCCCGUGCCAUAAAGAUGCGAUUUGCUCCAGCACAAAACAAAACUACACAUGCACAUGUAAGCCUGGCUUUUUCGGAAAUGGAAUCAAUUGUACAGAUAUCGACGAAUGCGCUGAGCUGUCAGCUUGUCCGAAUGCCAAGUUUGAGUGUAAGAACAAACCAGGCUCUGUUGACUGCUCCUGCAGAUAUCAGGACACAAGAGAGUCUGAUGGUUGUGGCGACGCUGGCAAUCCUCCAGGAGGUAAUGUGUUCAACGUUUCUGUGGACUGGAGGAGGAACAGAGCAGAUGGACUCGAGCAGCUGGUUGACAUCCUGUCGAUGGGCUUCCAGAACAAAUUCUACAAUGCCAGCAGGAAGGAUCCAGGACAGAGCUCCGGUCCACGCCUGGUUGAAUAUCGCAUCAACGUGUCCAGUGACACACCGCACUGGUACAUCAGGGACUACCUGGCCAGUGUCAGCAGCCACUAUGACAUCAGCUCCAUAGAAGUUGAUGAUUUGGAUGAGUGUAAGGCCAAGGAGGCGGUGUGUGUGCACCCUGCUCUCUGCACCAACACUUAUGGAGGCUACAGGUGUGUGUGCAAUGGCACAACUGAUGUGGAUGAAGCCCAGUCCUGUGUACUAACAGAUCGAGACACAUUGAACAACACAGACCUGGACCUUAUUCUUGGCCUGGUUCUGGGUAUCGGCAUCCCUCUGCUGCUCCUUCUGGCUGCACUUGCUUGUUUCUGUUGCUCUAAGAAGACUGUUAGUGGAGAUCUGCCUCACCUGUUAACAGGCAACGUACAGGAAGCACACAAUCCUCCACCCUUCAACUACUCGGACCCUGCUCUGCAUUACAUGACCCACUGCAGCCCCCGGAUCAUAGACAACAUCACACCCCGGCAAUGCCACACAUAAAACACGCCGAAUCUACACCUGCACAUGGAUUGCAGCGAUGCAUGAUGUCCAUUCUAGUGGACACAUGAUUCAUCACAAUUGGCUACAUCCCUCCAUUUUCUACCGCUUGUCCCUUUUGGGGUGGCGGGGUUGCUGGAGCCUAUCUCAGCUGCAUUCGGGCGGAAGGCGGAGUACACCCUGGACAAGUCGCCACCUCAUCACAGGGCCAACACAGAUAGACAGACAACAUUCACACUCACAUUCACACACUAAUUUAGUGUUGCCAAUCAACCUAUCCCCAGGUGCAUGUCUUUGGAGGUGGGAGGAAGCCGGAGUACCCGGAGGGAACCCACGCAGUCAUGGAGAGAACAUGCAAACUCCACACAGAAAGAUCUCGAGCCCGGGAUUGAACUCGGGACUACU